AAUCGCUUCCAGAUAUGUCUUCAGUGACCCCGUCUUGACACGUCCUAUGUGACAAAUGUUUAAGAAGAAAUUCAGAAACCAAAUAUCCUGACACGAAAACAUCAAAAAGUGAAAAAAAAUCUUUUUAUUAUAAAGUUCAUCAAUCAUCAAUAAUGAGGUCUUCAAAUAAUUUUGAGUGCUUUGUCUAUUUCCUCACUUUCUUAUUAUAUGCAUCAGCAGAAGAUGAUGCAAGUGAAAACCGUGGUAAUAUAAAAAAUCUUCUGGGUGUUUUUGGAAACCAACCACCCCCAGAAAAAGUACCAACAGUGUCCUGUUAUUGUAGUUGUGGCGUGAGAAACGACGAAACUCGAAUCGUAGGAGGUCAGACAACUCAAGUAAAUGAAUUUCCAUGGAUGGCAAGACUUUCCUAUUUGAACAAAUUUUAUUGCGGAGGAACUCUUGUCAAUGAUAGAUACGUUAUAACAGCGGCUCACUGCAUCAAAGGUCUUAUUUUCAGGUUCAUGUGGUUUAUGAUCAAAGUGACAUUUGGAGAACACGACAGAUGUUUAACCAAAGCUCAGCCCGAGAGUAAAUAUGUUAUCAGGACACUAUCUGGUGAUUUCAGUUUUAUGAAUUUCGAUAACGACAUUGCACUUUUGAAAUUAAAUGACAGGGUACCUUUUUCCGAAACAAUUAGACCGAUUUGUUUGCCAACUGCACAAGAUAACCAAUACGUCGGUACGAAGGCCUUGGCUUCCGGCUGGGGAACCUUACACGAGGAAGGAAAACCCUCUUGUUUUCUGCAGAAGGUUGAAGUUCCCGUAAUAAGCCUUGCGGAUUGUCGCAAUACUAGCUAUAGUCCCCGGAUGAUCUCUGAUAAUAUGCUGUGCGCAGGAUACGCGAAAGGCCAGAAGGAUUCUUGUCAGGGCGACAGUGGAGGUCCUCUAAUUGCAGAGAGAGAAGAUAAAAAAUACGAACUAAUUGGAGUCGUAUCCUGGGGUAAUGGAUGCGCUCGUCCCGGUUAUCCUGGAGUGUAUACCCGUGUUACGAGGUACCUCGACUGGAUUCUGACUAAUACGAAAGACGGUUGCUUCUGCGAGACAAAGGAUAUCAAUGACAGGAAAGCACGUGGUGUCUUUGACUUAGUAUUUGGGAGAUUAAAGCCUUGCGGAGGUUGUCUAUGUGGGCGAUCAAAUAGAGAUGGUGCUCGCUUUCUGGGUGGAGAAUUCACAGACACGCACGAAUUUCCCUGGCUCGCAAAUAUUCAUGUCAAAUCCAGCCUACUAAUUAGUGGAAUUUUAAUUAAUGACAGAUACGUCUUAACAUCAGCCAGCCAACUCAUCGGUUCGACAGCACCAGAAAUAAAGGUUUCGCUUGGUGAAUAUGAUCGAUGCAGUCUGGAUAUUUCAUCAGUUAAUGUGAGUGUGGAAACUUUGAUUAUGCAUCCUGAAUUCAAUGCUGAAUCAAGAGCUCAUGACUUGGCUCUCAUUCGUCUGAGUCGACCAACCAAAUUCGAAAGACGAAUUUCACCUAUUUGUUUACCAAAUCCAGGAUCGACAUACUUAGGUCAAGUUGGAACAUUAUGUGGCUGGACAGAAACUAAUUCAUCAUCAGAGCUUAAUGACAAUCGCAGUUGCAGACCACGAAAAGUGGGCCUUCCAAUUAUGGGAAGAAGAGAAUGCUUAAAAUCUGGAGUACUUCCUUCAAAUUACCAUGGUGAUACAGGAUGUAUUGGAAUUGUUGGAGGAAAUUCGAUUAUAUGCAAGGUGGUCUGGCAUAUAGAUGAGAGAUUUGUUCAGAUCGAACUUAGUAACUCUUUCUUCGGGGUAACAAAGGCAGUUUCCUCGCUCAUUGCUCCUCAGAAAUAUAAUAUGGACUUAAAGUCGACAAUACUCGCGAUUGGGAUGCUUCUAAUCAUAUACGAGGUACAAUCUUUGCGACAUUUGGGACCGAAGAUUAAUCCUAACUGUGAAUGUGGGCUAUCAGGUGAAGGUAUUUCAAAUCGGAUUGUGGGGGGAUUUAUUAGUAUGCCCCAUAUUUUUCCCUGGAUUGCAGCAAUAUUUAAUAAAGGAGUAUUACACUGUGGAGGGACUUUAAUUAACGAUAGAUAUAUUUUAACAGCAGGACACUGUGUAAAAUGGACAAAGCACGAUGGUCUGUCUGUGGGUUUGGGAAUGCAUGACAUAAAAAAUACAAAAGAAGGUUUUAUAUCUCCUAUCGAAAAGGUAAUAUUACACCCGGCCUUUGAGAGUGAUUAUAUCCAUGAUACAAACGACAUUGCUCUUAUUAAACUCAAAAAUCCAGUUCCCUCUUCAGAGAAUAUUAGAUCAGUAUGUUUGCCCAAAAAAGGUUCCGAUUACACGGGUAAAAACGUUAAAGUCACUGGUUGGGGCCGAGUAAUACAAUCAGGUCGAACAUCCAAAUUUUUAAGACAAGCUUCUUUAAAAGUCAUGCCUUGGCCAGCCUGCAGAAAUACUUCCUUUGGUGAACAUCUUACUGAAUCUAUGAUAUGUGCUUAUAAUGCUAAUACCGAUGCAUGUCAGGGCGAUAGUGGUGGACCUCUACUUUACGAAAGACCAAGUGGAAAAUACGAAACGAUUGGAGUAGUUUCAUGGGGAAUGGGGUGUGCUGAAAAGGGGGUUCCUGGAGUUUAUGUUAGAAACACUGAUUAUUUGAACUGGAUCAAUAGCAACACUAAAGAUGCAGAAUAUUGUAUCAAUAGUUAAUCAAAAAAUAAACCUUAAAAGAGUAUAAAAAAUUAUAA